AUGAAAGCCGCUUGUAUUCUCUUAACCGUUAUAAUAGUGGUGGCCAUAAUGGCUGUAUGCGUGAUGGUAAAAUUCGCCACAGAUAUCACAGUGGAGGAAAGAAAAAGGGAUUACUUGCCGGGAACUGGAGUGUACCAAGUCGCGAAAUCUAUCGCAAUCCCAUUGAACGAAGUAAAGAAUUAUCCAAUCGCAGAGAGAUUUCCAUACGUCGCUGCGAUUGCUCGGAACUCUUCACGAUCGUGGACGUUUUCUUGUUUCGCAAGUGUGGUGUUAGUCAAAUGGGUCGUCACUUCCGGCCACUGUAGGCAUAAAGGGGCAACACAUCGCGUGUUAUUAUUGAACGAUUUCGCUCGAAAUGUUACGCGAUCUUUUCCAAUUUUAUUUUGGAGGAUUCAUGAAAAAUAUCACGUAAACAACACGGCACCGUUCUAUGAUAUAGCGGUCGCAAAGUUUAACGUAGACGACUAUCCAUUUUCAAUAAAGCCUUCGCUAUUCGACGAGAGCCCCGUCACGACAUGCGAAGCUAGUAUCUGGAAAACUGUUUCGACAAUGGACAGACGUGUUUAUCUCAUUAAUGAUUUUGAUAAAUUACAAGUUAAAAUAACAUCCGCAAUUGAUUGCCACGAAAGUUUUGGAAUCGAUAUAAAUGAGAGUAUGAUUUGUAUUGAUUUAACGAAGUACGAUGACUGUUUUAUACACGAGUUCGGUCCGUUGUACAACGGUGACAAGUUAGUAGGAAUUUUGGCGCGAAGGCCGAGGGACUGUGACGUGAAGUUCGCGAUAUUCACGAACGUAUCGUACUAUUCGAAUUGGAUCUUGAAAUUGACGCAUACGACUUCGUAUGGGUAG